AUGGCCCGCGACCGCGGCCCGCCCGUGCUGCGGCAGCCCGCUGCCGAGCCGCCCCCGCCCGCAGCCGCCCCCGCCCUCCCCGCCGCGGCCCGCGGCUGGGGCUGGGGCUGGGGCUGGCUGGGAGCGGGGCUGUGGCCGGCGCUGGUGGUGGGGCUGCUGGCCGCCCUCGUCGCCUGGCUCUGGUACGGCGGCACCGACGGGCGAGGCGAGGAGGGCGGCGAGGCGGCGGCUCCGGCCCCAGCCCCGUGCCGCGGCGCCGAGGGGGCCCCGCAGCCGCGGGGCGAGGCGGCAGCCACAGAGGAUCUCCUGGCAAGCGGUGAGCAAGUUCUGCUAGAAGCCAAGGCCACUGCCCUGUCCAGCCCAGAGAAGCCAGGAGAGGAUUUGGCAGCUGUAGCCAGGAAGGAGCUUAACCAUGUUCAGAGUGAUGGAGUUUCCUGUGAACCUCCAGAGACAGAGCCCCUGCUCCCAAAUAAGCCUGCCACCUCUGUGACUGACUCUGGGGAACAUCCAGCUGAAACGCAUGGUGGGCAGGCAGGGGAACUGAGACCCCAGAAGGGGCGGGCAAGUGAUGGAUGGUGUGUGAUGAACUUGGCAGAAGCUUCUGGUGAUGCUCAUGAGGACAAAAGUGAGGAGCAGCUGAGUCAGCCAGCAGAGGGUCGGGAUGUGGACCAUGAAGAGUGGGAAGUUGUUUCUGAGCACCUGGCCUUGGGGGAGGCUGUUAAGAGUGGCAGCGCAGAAGACUGUGACAACAAGGAAUGGGAACAGGGAGACUGCCCUGAUGGGGACUUGAAAGCUAAGAGAGUGGCAGCGGUGCCCCCAAUGUUUCAAAAUAUCCACGUGACUUUCCGUGUGCACUACAUCACACACUCGGAUGCUCAGCUGAUUGGUGUUACAGGUGACCACGAGUGUCUUGGCCAGUGGCACAGCUACGUUCCACUCAAGUGUGACAAGGAUGGCUUCUGGUCUGAAUCCAUUAUCUUGCCAGUAGACACCAAAGUAGAGUGGAAAUUUAUCUUAGUGGAGAAUGGGAAGGUCAGACGUUGGGAAGAAUGCAGUAACAGAACCCUAGUGACUGCACAUGAAGAUCAGAUGGCCCACAAGUGGUGGGGAUAUCAUUAAUUAGAUCUUGGAAGCUGCUUAUUUAAUGACAAACCUGCUUAGAUACAUCAUGGAGCCCCAAAACUUUGCUACUCUUCAGUAGAAGAUCAUCUCAAUUGCAGAGCUCUGUAAAUCUUUUAUCAAACCUGUUUAAACUGAAUGAGCAGCAGAUCUUGUUGUCUAUAGGAGGUAAUUUGGCAACCUGAAAAGCUAACAUCAAAAUCUUCUGAAGAUGUGCAAGGUAGGCUAUGAAGGCAUGAGCAGCGUUUCAAGCAGCUGCCUGUCAGGAUAAAUCUGGACCCUGGACUUGAGUUUGCAUUGCUUAGAGUGGGGCUAUGGGAUGAAAUGUUGUACAAACUGCUUAGGGCUUUAGAAGCAUACUAGAAAGUGUGGUUGCCUGCACUGUAAUAGGAACUAAGUGUUUUAAGUUAUGUAAUGUAUAAAUAAGCAAUAAACACUUUCAGACUGACAGUCCUUUAUAA